ACAAAUGCAAUUACCCUCAACAUGCAGAUACUUUGGAGCUGAAUUGUGCCGAAGAGAGAAACCUUCCAGGUGACAAAACCAUGCGUGGCUUGGAAGAACAGCCACUUCCACUCAGCUGAAAAAGCAAUGCACUUUGCCAGCAGUGAGAAGUUUCCACACAGGAGAACUGAUACCUACGUGACAAUAGAACUGCUUCCAGGUCAAUGUGGAAGUGAAUCUGAUUAGCGCCUAUAUGGAAAUAAAGCCAUUGUGAGCACCACUGAAACUUUAGGUACAGUUACAACUGGGACUUAAACCCCUGUUAACGGAAUGCUAACAUAUGCUUAAGAGCCUCACAUCUGGAAGGUUCUCUUAGCUAGCAUACUUCAUAUGCAGAUCCACUGUGCUACCCUAAUUGAGAGCACCUUCCUGUGAAGUCUACCUUAAGUAAGCCAAGACCUCCUCUCAUGGAUGAUUGCCAGGUGGACAUGGGUGUUAAGCAGUUCCAAAGAAGCCCACCAUGAGUUUAGCAGAGCCACUCUUCUCCUUCACUCACCAGUGUGGAUGCCAAGGGAAAGCUCUCCCACCGUUCAUUCUGUGUAUGAUGAUGACAGCAAUAAGUACAAACCCGGAUGAGGAGAGCUACAAACCAUGGAGGCGCCAACAUCAGAGCCCGCGUUUGUCGACGUGGACAAAGGACUAACAUUAGCAUGUUUUGUCUUCCUUUGUCUUUUCUUGAUUGUGAUGAUUAUUCGCUGUGCAAAAGUCAUCAUGGACCCUUACAGCGCCAUCCCGACUUCCACAUGGGAGGAGCAGCACCUGGAUGACUGAAAGGGACACUGCUGGAAGCUUCCACAAUGCAUCCUGGAAGGCCUUUUCCUUCAGAGAGGGUGAUUGUAUGUUAAACCACAUUACGGAGUGGUGCAAAUACCUCUGACAGCGUAUUGGUUACAUUUUCCUGCAUAGAACGUUGUAGACUACAUUGUGCCCUUAUCUAUUUCUAUGUUAGAACCUUAACAAGACAAAUUAUGAUUGUAGCUUGAAUAGCACAAAGCUCUCUAGGCAAUAAGGCUCCCUUUAAAGCUUCUUCUAAUAUAAAUCUCAACCUGGCAUUCUUUUCCCUUAAGGAAUAAUGUCAAUAUUGAUUCCAGUAAAUAAGGGGGAGGGUAGUUAUGAGUACUUGGAAAAGCAAUAAGGGGGUUUAAUCUUUCUUUUGACAAUAUGUUUGUCCAUUAUUUCUGGGUGGUUCUUAAGGCUAUGAAAAUGCCACACCUUACAGGUGUGCAAAGUCUCUUGGAAAUUUCUACCCCUGGGAUGUCAGUGACUCUGGGUACAUUUAGACUGCAGAUUGCUCUUCACUGACUUCCUGACUGAGAUCUUCCAAAAAACCUUCUUCCGAAAGAGAGAGUCCACACUGCCAAAGUGCAUCGAAAA